AAAAGACCAUUACCGAAAUGCGAUGUUAUUUUCGGAACUGACAGCUAAUGAUCCAGUCCUUCGAACUAGACGUGUGCGUGUGACACAAAAGCUAUAUUAAUUGUGUAAAAAGCAAAAUUUAACUGGUGUUACGAUGUCUCGUUUCUUCGCCGGUGGUUCGGACUCUGAUUCCGACAGUUCUUCUGAUAGCGAGCCAGUAAUUCGUCAGCAAGUGGCUCAGUUCACGUUCAGUGAUGAGGAGGAGGACGUCAAGCGCAUCGUAAGAUCGAAGAAGGAGAAGCGCUAUGAAGACCUCUCCAAUAUCAUCAAGAGUAUCCGGAACCAUAAGAAGAUCAAGGAUAUGUCGAGUGUAUUGACGAGCUUUGAGGAAUUUAUGCGAGCGUAUACGAAGGCGUUGCCGGUAGUUAUGAAGGAAGAGAAUGGCGUAACGCCUCGUAUUGUCGUUCGUGCGCUUGCCGAGCUUGAGGACUUUGUUAAUGAGAGCUGGGACGACAAGGAUAGUCGCAAAAAUCUCUCGAAGAAUAAUAACAAAGCACUAGGAACUCUGCGACAAAAAUUCAGGAAAUACAUCAAAGAUUUCGAGUCGGAUAUGAAGCGUUUCCGCGCCGCUCCAGAAGAUUUUGCCGAAGAGGAAGAGGAUGAUGAACGCGAAGACGAAAAGGGGUCCGAUGAGGAAGAGGAGAAGGUUGUGGUUCAAGUCGAGCCGAAAGCGGUAUCCUUCAAAAAGGAACCAGAGAAGGUCAAACCUGUUAAGCCUGUGGCGGAUUCCGAUUCGUCGGACUGGGGCAGCGAUUCCGACUCGGACAGCACCUCUUCCGACGAGGAUGCUAAAUACACCAGCAUUCGCGACCGGUUCUUGAAGAAACCAGAGAAGGGUACGGAAGAAAUUUCUUCAACACCUUCCGGUGUACCUGGUGACGAUGCGUUUAAGAAAGAGAAGAAGAAGAAAACGGGCGAAACUUUGAGCAAGAAGAAGAAACCCAAGCAAGAUGAAAUGUUUGAUGAGAACGAGGAGGAGGAAGAAGGUUGGAAGGUGGUGAACGGAACAAGGUCCGGUGCUUCCGAGCAGCCGAAAAUGUUCGCCAAGGAUGCAGAAAUCGACACGAAGCUGGUCGUAAACAAGCUGAACGAAGUGAUGGCUGCCCGAGGUAAAAAACGUACUGAUCGAAAAAUGCAGAUUGAGUUUCUUCGUGAGUUGCGUACAGUGGCCGAGACCAACAAUCUUGGCCCGGCGGUGGCGGUGAAAAUUCGUUUCAACAUUGUUUCUGCCAUAUUCGACUACAAUCCAAAAGUAUCUGGAGCGAUGAAACUGGAACACUGGAGUAAACUAUUGGAAGAAAUUCAAGAACUGCUGAAGCUGCUUCUGGCUCACGAGGAUGUGCAUCUAUCCGAGUCGAUCUUGGAUGAAUACGAAGAGUACGAUACUGCACCGUUCAAGAUACGAGGCUGCAUGCUGACCGCAGUGGAACGGUUGGAUGACGAGUUCACAAAACUGUUAAAAGAAUGCGAUCCGCACAGCAAUGAGUACGUUGACCGGCUGAAGGAUGAGGUCCCAGUCACGAACAUAAUAGAACAGGUUGUCACUUACGUCGAGCGACUCGGUAAUGAGAUGGAAAUCUGCCGCAUCUAUCUACGCAAGAUUGAUCAUCUGUACUACAAAUUCGACCCGGAAGUCUUGAAAAAACGAAAGGGUCAACUGCCAGCCAACACCAUAACGUCGGUUGAAGAGAUGGAUAAACUUUGUCGUUACAUCUAUGCCAAGGAUCAAACGGAUCGGUUACGCACACGUGCAAUCCUUUCGCACAUAUUUCAUCAUGCAUUGCAUGAUAACUGGUUCCAGGCGCGUGAUUUAGUGCUGAUGUCGCACCUGCAGGAAACAAUCCAUCAUUCCGAUCCCGCAACCCAGAUUCUUUACAAUCGUAUGAUGGCCAACCUAGGGUUGUGUGCCUUCCGCCACGGCAAUAUCAAGGAUGCUCACCUGUGUCUGGUAGAUUUAAUGAUGACGGGUAAACCGAAAGAAUUACUCGCUCAAGGACUAGUACCACAACGUCAACACGAACGUUCGCUUGAACAAGAAAAAAUCGAGAAGCAACGUCAAAUGCCGUUCCACAUGCACAUUAACUUGGAGCUGCUCGAGUGUGUAUAUCUGGUGUCUGCUAUGCUGCUCGAGAUUCCGUACAUGGCGGCUCAUGAGUUCGAUGCGCGUCGUAGAAUGAUCAGUAAGACUUUCUACCAGCAAUUGAGAUCAUCCGAGCGACAGUCUCUGGUUGGACCACCGGAAUCGAUGCGCGAGCAUGUAGUUGCUGCUGCAAAGGCAAUGCGGCACGGCGAUUGGAAUGCUUGUGCCAACUUCAUUGUCAACAAAAAGAUGAAUGUUAAAGUGUGGGAUCUUUUCUACGAAGCUAAUCGCGUUCGUGAAAUGAUGAUUAAAUUCAUUAAAGAAGAAUCGCUCCGCACAUAUUUGUUCACAUACUCGAAUGUCUUUGCAUCGAUCAGCGUACCACACUUGGCCGACAUGUUCAAGUUACCGAAAAGCAAGGUCCACUCGUUAAUCAGCAAAAUGAUAAUCAAUGAAGAACUAAUGGCAUCACUGGAUGAUCCUACCGAAACGAUCGUGAUGCAUCGUUCUGAACCGUCUCGUCUACAAGCCCUUUCGAUGCAGCUGGCGGACAAAGUGACCAAUCUGGUGGACGCAAACGAACGAAUCUUCGAAAUGAAGCAAGGAAACUUCUUCCAGCGUGGCGGUAACCAGGGAUACAAUCGCGAUCGCCAGAAUUAUCGCAAUCAGAAUCAAAAUCAGAACUGGAACAACAAUCGUCGCCAGGACAACCGCAAUCGUGGUAACCGCGGUAAUCAGAACCGUGGAGAGGGACGGGAACAACGUGAACACCAUCGCGAUCACCAUCGCGACCAGCGCGAACACCGAGAGCAUCAGCGAGAAUUUAGAGAACAGCGCGAGCAGAUGCGCAACGUUGAAUACCAAAACAAGGCUGAGUAAUUGUUUUGAUUAUUGCGUUGCACCGCACCUGGAGAGCAGAUUCGUUCAGAUCACUGAUAGCGGCAGAUUCAUCUACCAGCAUCUUUGCUACAGCGAGGUAAACGCGAUACAGUUUUUUAAAAUCUGGUUUGUAAACUUUCACCUAAACGUGCACAGAAUUGAUAGAAAUACGGAAGAUUUUACCAUCGUUCUUCCGCUUUUUAGAUAUUCUAGGUACUAGAAGGGUAGUAUUCUAUCGACUAAAUAUUACGCAAAAAAUGUUCAUUAAAGUAAAGCUCCUCAGAAAAUCCGUUACAUGUAUACUAUUACCAACAGUAUCACAAAUAAAAAGCCGAUACAUAAUUGCCAAUAAUUU